AACCAAGAUUCUAAUAAUAAUAUUAUCCUCUUUAUUACUAUAUGUUAAAUUGAUUAUUUUAGUUAUGGGACAAGCUUUUGGUUGUAUUCAAGUGGAUCAAUCCACAGUUGCUAUUAAGGAAAAUUUUGGCAAGUAUGAUGAUGUUCUUGGUCCUGGUUUUCACUUCAUGCCUUGGUGUUUUGGAAGCCAAUUAGCUGGUUAUAUUUCACUUAGAGUCCAACAACUUGACGUUACACGUGAAUCCAAGACUAAGGAUAAUGUUUUUGUGACUUUGGUUGCUUCAAUCCAAUACAGAGCCUUGGCAGACAAGGCAGCUGAUGCUUUCUAUAAACUAAGCAACACAAAGGAGCAGAUUCAAGCAUAUGUCUUUGACGUUAUUAGGGCAACUGUUCCAACAUUGGAGCUGGAUAAAGUUUUUGAACAGAAAACUGAGAUAGCGAAAACAGUAGGGGAGCGACUCGAAAAGGUUAUGUCACUUUAUGGAUAUGAGAUAGUUCAGACUCUUAUUGUAGAUGUUGAACCAGAUGAUCAAGUGAAAAGUUCAAUGAAUGAGAUUAAUGCAGCUUCAAGAUUGAGAGAAGCUGCAUUUGAGAGAGCAGAAGGAGAGAAGGUUCUGCAGAUAAAGCAAGCAGAAGGAGAAGCAGAAUCAAAGUACUUAGCAGGGCUAGGAAUUGCUCGUCAACGACAAGCUAUCGUAGAAGGGCUCAAAGAAAGUGUGAUUGGCUUCUCUACUAGUGUUCCAGGGGCAUCAACCAAAGAUGUCAUGGACAUGAUUUUGAUCACCCAAUACUUUGAUACAAUGAAAGAGAUAGGUGUCUCAUCUAAUUCAUCUGCUGUUUUCAUUCCUCAUGAGCUAGAGGAUGUGACUUCUGAACAGAGAUAAGAAACAGUUUGCUUCAAGGUAACAUAUUUAGGCUAUGAUGCUGAACAUUAUGGUUUAA